AUGUCUCUACCAAGAAUAAAAACAUGCGCAGUACGCCAAACUUUUCAAUCCUCCUUACGUGACCUUUUCCUCCCUACGUUGUCCCUGCCGACCCGAAGACAAUUCUUAAGCACGACUACGAAAAAUAAUGCAACGAUAUCAUCGGCCUCGUCUUCUUCGACUGACCCGUCAAGAUCCCGGCCUAAACGAAAGCCUCUGACAAAGGAGCAGCGCGAUUUCCUCUCUUCAGCUCUCCGUGUGAACCAAGCCGGAGAAUUAGCUGCCACCUUGAUCUAUACCGCCCAGACGCCGCCGCUUGUCAAUGCGCACCCCCAUCUUCGGCCCCUACUAGCCCAUAUGUACGCCCAAGAAGAGGGCCACUUCAACACAUUCAACUCUCUCAUCGCUAAGCACCGCGUGCGUCCAACAGCCCUCUACCCAGUCUGGUCCGUCUUAGCAUCAGGCCUAGGAUGGUCGACGGCAGUUAUGGGAAGGGAGGCCGCAAUGGCUUGUACAGAAGCUGUCGAGACAGAGAUCGGCGGACAUUAUAAUAACCAAAUACGGACAUUACUAGAAAUGUUCGAACAGUGGGAGGCCGAAGGAUACGAAGUGGGCGAGGAGCUACAAGAUCUAGUAACAACAUUACGGAGGAUACGAGAUGAAGAGCUGGAGCAUCUAGACCAUGCGGUUGAUAACGAUGCGAAGAAGGCCGAGCCGCACUGGUUAUUAACUGGCGUGAUACGGCUAGGAUGUAGGGGUGCAAUUUGGGUCAGCGAGAGAAUAUAA